GUCGGAACUUCGGAACCUUUCCGGCAACAAAGAAAACGCAUACAAGGUUCUGGUGACGCACCGAAAACCUUUAUCCCCCCCUCCCCCAUCCCCUUUUUUUCCUUGUGUCCCAAAUACAAUGGUAUUCACUGAGGCUGUCCAUAGCCCCUUCACCCUAUUACCUCCAAGGUUCACAAGCUCCCCACGGCACGAACUGGCUGUUCACUUGGAAGCAGACACUAAGGGAUGGAUUCCGAGCGAAGGAGGGACUAUUCACUGUAUAUCUUGGUGCUUUAUCAAGGCUUGUUCAAAAAUGGGCAGGAGGAGAGGUUUUUGGUUUAAAUAUCCUACAAUUCCCUUGUUCGUUUUUGUUCCAACCAUUAUCACUACUACCGCCGACUAAGACAGCUCGAGACCUCCGACUAGUCGACAGUGUUUGGAAUUAGCAAGAUCGUGAGCUUUGCAGCGACCACAUUCGAGUUUUUUGCGACAGCUCCGGUACAAGAUGGCAAUUACCUACAUCAGCCCCCGAAAGCUGAAGACGUACUACAUCGAUCCAUCAUGUGAUGCAAGGUUUGACAACCAAUUUGAGAGUUUCGUCAGAGAAGCCAUGGAUUAUGCCCGUCGGGCCGUGGAUCGGCUGACCUCAGAUUCCGACACCGACUUCGCUAGAGUAUACGAAACUCUCUUCAAGAUGCCCAAGUCCGACACGCAACGGUUCAACUGGGGCAACAACUUCCGACUAAUGAACCCCCACAGCGCCUCAGUCCGAAUGACAGCCUAUGAACAUGUGGUUGGAGUGCUCAGAGACUUUGCUACAAACUGGAGAAAGACUCACAACCACUGGGAAGCAGAUGUACGGUUUCACUGCGACGCUGAAACCCGCUUCCACUUUUUAUACCUCCGCAGCUCCGACUCUUUCACCUCCCUCGACCCCCCAAACUUUGUCUUCAACACCGGCUCCUUCCCCACCAACGUCACCCGCCAAGCCUUCACUUCCUACAAGCUUUCUACCGAGGGCGCAAACGGAGAAGUCCGCGACCUGUUUGGUCUCACCGGCAUCCGAGGUGACUCCAACGUCCAGAACCCAGCCAGAGUCGUGAUUGACCUGUGCCAAGAAACAUGGGAGGCCUUCUCGGACAGCACAAGGGCAAAUAACGACAGUGCGUCGGACUUGCUGGAGUAUAGAGGUAAGGUGGAUGAUGUCUCGAAGUGGUCGAUUCCAAGGAUUAUCUUCCACGAGAUGAUGCAUUGUCGGUACUACGGCCUUGACAUGGAUGAUACGUACGCUAUAGCACUAUGUAGUGCUACCUGUACAUCGGGCUGGGAGUCGUGCAUGAAUAUCCCCAGGGGACCAAGUUGCGUUGAUGCGGAGAGAUAUGCGUUGCUGGGUUUUAUGGCUAGGUUGGCUGAUUUGAGGCCUGAGGGGGAGGAGAGGGGGGGAUAUACUCUGUCGAGGACUGAUGAGGGGGAGAGGGUGAAGGGGGUAGUGCGCUUCUAUGAGGAUGUUACUAGGUGA